CCCUACUUCACGUCUUAUCGUUCUUUUUGUUUGAAUCAUUUUCAGUAGAUUAAGAAAGGUAAUUACCUACCUGGACUUUUUAGUUAAUUGAUAAUUUUCUUUGACAUUACCAGUAAAUUUUUCUAUCAAAAAUCUAAAUUUUUGUAUCAAAAUGGAAGGCGGAGAAGCAACAUAUGGGGAGGCACCAAUAAGAGCCCCAACUACUGAUCCCCUCAACACAGAAUUCGUUUACUACUCGGCGGUACUACGCAUGUUUGGACCAACUCUAACCAAAGAAGGCGACCGCCGUUACAUUAUCCCUUGGAUCAGGAAACUGUUCAGGCCCGAAUAUCACAGUUCGCAAUUGCGCGAAAAACGCAACAAAUAUUUAGCUUAUCUGACGACUUCCUUGCUUCUCGACGAAGCUGUCGAUACUUUUAGGAGAUUUCCACCGGACGGUCCGUUGCCGGACUUGCAGUCGGUGCGUCCCGGACCGGUGGCCGCGGCCCAAUGGGAAACUGAUAACAUGUGGCAGGAUUCUUUGCAAAAUUUACCAGACGAUUUCAGUUUGCUGGAUUGUUAUAUCCAUGACGAGCCUGAGAUGUGUAAGAAGGAUCAUCAGUUUGAUAAGAUUCUGGAUCAAGAGUUCCAGUUGUACUUGUAUCUGAUCAAACCGUACGCGGCAAUGAUCUCGAGCGGCACCGAGCGGACAAGAGUGGCCGCCUGGUUGCAGAUGCUGUGCUCGGUGCACGGCAAUGAGUGCUGUUCCAGAAUGAAAGCUAUCAGGAACGAUUACAUGAUGGCUUUACUCGGUUACGUGCACGAUUUAAGGGCUGUCGGUCCUUUUGCCGAAAAUCCCUCGUGGCAAACGUUGAAACCUUUGGCCGAAGCUGCGAAACUGGCGGUCGAAAAUUGUGCAAUAACCGAUCCGACCGGAUGUUAUGCUAACGAAUUUCUUGCGAAUCAACCGAUGCCAGACGACGGCGCCUUCUGUUACAUCGCCAUCACUGGAGAUUUGGUCACCAGUAAUCUGCCUCAAACUUGAGAAUUAUUUUGAUAAUAAAGUUGUUAUUUUAUAUGCGAGUAUCGGCAAAGUUUCAAAAUCCACUAGAAACC